AGGUGUUUUUGUGGAAUCCUGCAAGGAAUUAAAACUGACCAAAUUCAUAGUUGUAGUGUUCAUAAGUUUUGUGGGAAAGAAAAUGAGUUUCAACGAUGAUGAGAUGAUUGUUACCCCUCAAGACUCAGGGUCAACACGGACGCCAAUUGUACCAGGAAGAGUACAGCUGAAAUGCAUGAACAGUACGACGGCACCACUUGAAGAAAGCAAACUCAAGGUGAUGCUGGAGCUCACGGGUGGAGAUUCCAGCAAUGAUAGACCCGGGUUGGAUCUUGUGGUGGUCUUAGACCUCAGUGGAAGCAUGGAAGGCGAGAAGAUAGAAAAACUGAAAGCUGCCAUACUAUUUAUGAUCAAGAAACUUAGUUCCAUUGACCGUCUGUCAAUUGUAACAUUCUCCAGGGACGCCAGAAGGUUGUGCCCGUUGCGUCAGAUAACUGAAAAUUCUCAAAAGGACCUUGAAAAUUUGAUCAACGGCUUACAUGCUUAUGGUGCAGCCAACAUCACCGCUGGCCUUCAAACUGGCUUAAAAGUGCUCAAUGACCGUAGAUUUACCGGCGGGCGUGUGGCUACCAUCAUGCUUGUGUCCAGUAGUGAGCAAAACAACGGCGAUGAUGCUGACCAGAUUUUAGUCGGAAAUGUGCCCGUACACACAUUCGGUUUUGGCGCUUAUCACGAACCAGGGGUGCUCAAGGCUAUUGCACAUAAUAGCAUAGGAGGAACAUUCUCAGAUGUUCAAAAUAUGGACAACUUGAACAAAGCUUUUUCCCAAUGUUUGGCUGGACUGCUCACAAUUGUCGUUCAGGACCUGAAGCUAACGGUUACAGGAUACAAAGAUGAAUCGACAAUAGAGCAGGUAGCUGCUGGAAACUAUCCACAAUCCAAGGACGAUGGUGUUGGCUCUGUAACUGUUACAUUUGGCGAUCUCUAUAGUAAACAGGUGGCCAAGGUCAUAGUGUACCUUCUUCUCCAUCCUGUUAGUAAGGAGCAAUGCGUAGAUGUUCUUGAAAUCGCUUACUCAUAUAGCAUCAAUGGAAAACCGUUUGAAGCCAUUCCUGCAACCAUUACUGUACGCCGCUCUGGGACAUCACUUGAUCAGGAAGAGAAGCCGGAGGUAUUAACUGAGGAGACUCGUCUCCGGACUGCAAGAAUGAUAAAAGAAGCAAGAGUCAUGGCUGAUGACAGUAAACUAGACGAUGCUCGAGACAAGCUGGUUGAAGCACAGAACUCCUUGGAGGAUGUCGUUGAUGAGUCUAAUCCAUUAGUUCAGACGCUGAGUUCUGAACUGCAACAACUCUUAAAAUUGAUGAAAUCACAAGAAAUCUAUGAAAAGCAAGGGCGUCCCUUUGCACUCUCCUCUGAGACGUCCCACGAUCGCCAGCAUUUUGCUUUAAGAGGUAAUAUGGAAAGCCUACGACUAUUUGCCACUCCCUGUAUGGACAAAUACCUUGAGCAAGCUAAGUCAUUUGAUGCGGAUCCCAACAAACCGCUGCCCUCUGUGGAUGACGAUGUGAAGUAAGAAAUUGCUUCUGUCGAUGGACCUCUUACCUUCUGUAUUCAGGCUGCCAUUCAGUCUCUCCGAGCCAUUGAAGAAAAACUAUGAAUAUAGGCCUUUGAUUCCAACUGGCCAUCUUUAAAAUUUUAUGUUUGUUUUUGCAUUUUAAUAAGUUAAACCAUCAUUAUCUAUGCUGCCGUAGCUAAACCCAGUGGUGUUGUGUAUGGUUUUUGUCUCUUUUCACGUAAUUAGCUUUCGAGUGUCAACGGAAUAACGAAAAACAAAUGCAGAGUGAUACAUGGAUCCCAGUAUUUUGUAUACAUUAAAAGUCAAAUCCUGGUUCCCAGUAUUUAUAUAGUAUAAUUUGAGAAGAAGCUUCGGGGUUUUUCUUUAA